GCGGGUCCCCGCCCUUCUCUGCGAGCGUGUCUCCUCCUACGGAUUCUCCCCAGCACUUAGCUGUUCCGCGGCUCCCCUGGGUUUGGGGUUUUGCAGCUGGCAGCUGGCCUUUUCCCCUCCCCUGUCUCGGUCUCUCCUUGUUUUAGGUUGCUCCACCCCGCCCAGGAUCAGGCGAGGGGGAACCAGCUGGGCUGCGCCUGCCAACUCGCGCGGAGUGCGUCGGCGAACUCCGAGAGCGGAGUCUCGCGUGCCGCCUGCUCCCUGCGGGACGCGCUCCUCUAGCUCCCACCGGCCCCGCUUUCUCCCCGCCGCAACCCUUCCCCACUUUUCCCCCCUUUUGCAAUCACAUGGCAUUUUAAGAAUGCCGGAAAGAUGGCGGUAGCGGCGGCGGCGGUGGCGGCUGGGCCGGCUGGCGGAGGUGGCGGCCGGGCUCAGCGGAGCGGUCUUCUGGAAGUUUUGGUGCGGGAUCGCUGGCAUAAAGUUCUGGUGAACUUGAGCGAGGACGCCCUGGUUCUCAGCUGUGAGGAGGGCGCUGCGGCGUACAACGGCAUCGGGACUGCCACCAAUGGCUCGUUCUGCAGGGGCGCUGGGGCCGGGCACCCGGGUACCGGAGGCGCGCAGCCCCCCGACUCGCCCGCGGGGGUCCGCACAGCCUUCACCGACCUGCCGGAGCAGGUGCCCGAGUCCAUCUCCAACCAGAAGCGCGGCGUGAAGGUGCUGAAGCAAGAGUUGGGCGGUCUGGGCAUCAGCAUCAAGGGGGGCAAGGAGAACAAAAUGCCUAUACUCAUCAGCAAGAUCUUCAAGGGUCUGGCGGCCGACCAGACCCAAGCCCUGUAUGUGGGCGAUGCCAUCCUGUCCGUGAACGGCGCAGACCUGCGGGACGCUACCCACGACGAGGCGGUGCAGGCGCUGAAACGAGCCGGCAAGGAAGUGCUGCUGGAAGUGAAGUACAUGCGAGAAGCCACGCCCUACGUGAAGAAAGGAUCUCCAGUGUCUGAGAUCGGCUGGGAAACACCCCCUCCUGAGUCCCCUAGGUUAGGGGGCAGCUCCUCAGACCCUCUGUCAUCGCAGUCCUUCUCCUUCCAUAGAGACCGGAAAAGCAUCCCCCUCAAAAUGUGCUACGUCACUCGGAGUAUGGCCUUGGCUGACCCCGAGAACAGGCAGCUUGAAAUCCACUCUCCAGAUGCUAAGCACACUGUGAUACUAAGGAGCAAGGAUUCAGCCACGGCUCAGGCCUGGUUUAGUGCCAUUCAUGCCAACGUUAGUGACCUGGUGAGCCGAGUGAUUGCUGAGGUCAGAGAGCAGCUGGGGAAAACAGGCAUUGCUGGAAGCCGAGAGAUCAGGCAUCUUGGCUGGCUUGCAGAAAAGGUGCCAGGGGAGAGUGAGAAACCGUGGAAACCAGCCCUGGUUGUUCUGACGGAGAAAGACCUUUUAAUCUAUGACAGCAUGCCUCGGAGGAAGGAAGCAUGGUUCAGCCCAGUUCACUCAUACCCUCUUCUUGCCACCAGGCUGGUACAUUCAGGUCCAGGGAAGGGAUCACCUCAGGCUGGCAUGGAUCUGUCCUUUGCAACCCGAACUGGUACCAAGCAAGGGAUUGAAACACACCUCUUCAGGGCAGAGAUCAGCAGGGACCUCUCCCAUUGGACCAGAAGCAUUGUACAGGGGUGCCACAACUCGGCAGAACUCAUUGCGGAAAUCACCACCCCCUGCACCUACAAAAACCAGGAGUGCCGCCUGACCAUCCAUUAUGAGAACGGAUUUUCUGUCUCCACUGAGCCACAGGAGGGUGCCUUUCCCAAGACAAUCAUACAGUCCCCUUACGAAAAGCUCAAAAUGUCAUCUGACGAUGGAAUCAGGAUGCUGUAUUUAGAUUUUGGAGGCAAAGAAGGAGAGAUUCAACUGGAUCUUCAUUCCUGCCCCAAGCCGAUCGUCUUCAUCAUUCAUUCCUUUCUCUCGGCUAAGAUUACAAGACUGGGCUUGGUGGCCUAAACAGAGGGGCAACUUGCCUCAGAAAAGAGGUCUGCAGUGCCACUGGAGUGUGACAUCAGGCACCACCUGUAGUGAGCAGUGCACCCGAUGUAGCAUGCCAUGGCCAGCUUCAGGUCUCAGGAGUCAUGUGCAGCUGUCCCAGGUCCUCUGUCAGUUUCAGCAACUACACAGGGUGCGCUAAGAAAACACCAUGAGGAAGAUCAGACUAGAACUUUUUAGAACAGAAUGAGGUUAAAAAGAUGAUAUGACAUAGCAUAGCUUCUAAAAUAUGACAACCAAGGACAUGGCCAUUAGAACAGCAUGUGCAGAUCUUAAUCAUACCAGUUUCUAGGCGACUGGUUCACCCAGGUAAGCAAGGGCUGAAUACAUGAGAAAUGGAUACUUUCACUUACUCCCUCCAUCCCAGCAACAAUGAUCCCUAGUUCUAUUGUGAUUUUAUUUUGUAAUUCUAGUUAACUUGACUUUCACUGGUAGAGAAAGAAAAAUACUUCAAAUGGAAACCCACCUUUCAUUGAAGUAUGAAGCAGCUGUUGUUUCUUUUUUCUUAAUGAAUUCUUUUUCAGUGAUGUAGAAUGAUUCCAAAGUGUUGUCAUUGGCAUAGGCUGAGCAGGAAUUAAAUAAAGCAUCAGAUACUGAUCUGAGCUAUAAGCUAGCAGAAUCUGAGCCAAAGUAGACUGCUUAAAUUGCAAAGAUUUGCUGAAGACUUGUGUGUACAAAAGAUGAUUAAUUUGGGGACUACACUUACACCAAGGUCUGCUAUCUUAUAGCCAAAACUGACAGCUUUAUUUAUAGAAAGAAAAUUGUGGGUAUUUUUAAAAAGAGAGUGUCAUCUGAUACAUAUAUGCAUAUGUAUGAUUAUAUAUAUAUAAAACAAUCCACCAGGUUGGAGGGUUAAUUAAUUCUCCCCCAUUUCACUGUUUUCAGUGGAAGCACUCAGCAAUUGAUUGACCUUUCAUUCUGCUUGUGCUUGUAUGCAUGCAUUUUCAAGCAAGUAAUCGAACAGUCUCAUGUAAUUCUGGAUGAUGCUGAGUUUUACAUAUGGACCCAGCAAUAUGGUGAAAUCUACUGGUAGCAUCUGCAAUUCUUGGGAUUCCAGGGAAAUAAUAUAAUGACCUGAUAUUUUUCUAUGAAAAUAUUUUGAGACAGUAUAUAACACAUUACUGAUUUAAUGCUUUUGCAUCUAUCCUUCAAAAUUAAUUCACCAAAAAUAACAUCCAUUAUUUGAUUUUGGAGUCACUUUUCUCAAACCUUCAAAAUUAGCUCUACAAUUUCUGUAAGCAUUUCUGUACUUCUUUCCCCUGUAGUUUAUGUCGACAAGUGUUCUGUGUUAGACCUGUGUGUUUUAAGAGUCUUAUUUUCGCAAAUACCUAUGCAAAGAGCUUUAAAAAGUGAAACUGUUUUUUUUUAAAAAAGUAAUUUUGCUCCCUUAUAUGUAUAUGUUUAUUCAGUUGCAAAGUUUUAUUUUAAAGCACAUUUCCCCAAAGUAUGUAGUAUCAUACAACAUUAGUUCCAAGGGGCUUUGAUUGGGUGGUACUUUGACCAGGGUCAGUUGGAUAGGGGUUUAGUAAUAAAAAUCUUUGUUCAAUACUAAGUUUUAAAAUGUUAAACAGAUUUCAUGAUUGCCAGCCACUUCAGAAACUCUAAUGCUCAUUACAAUUCUUCAAGUGGGCUUUGGGUGGGUGGAUCCAGUGUGUCUUUCCUUACAUUUACCCACAGAACUUUCUGGGAGCAUCUUGUGAAGCUAACGUUUUAUAAACCAUACUUUAGUAAACAAAGCUUUAGGUCAUUGACAUUUUGUUGUUUGUUUCCUAUUUUAAGAUACUGAAGAGUGAAGUCUUAGCUUAAAUACUGUAGGAAAACAUUGACACAUUUGUAAAUUACACUGCACUCUUUCAUUAUAUAUUUUCAAAAUCACUGGAAUGUUGUUAUACAAGAGAAUUAUACUUGUGUAUUGUAAAUAACAUAUUAAAAUGCCUAUAUUAAUGCCAAUAGUUUAAUUCAACAAUAUGUAAUCUAAGGUGCUCGGUACUACAUGAAGUAUGAGUUAAUGACUCUUAAUUAAGUUGCAAAGAUCCUAUAUAUAUUUAUAGACAAAUUAAAAUGAUCAUAAUAAUUACAGAUAUUAUUUCCUUAUCACUUAAGUCUUGGACUGAUUGAUAUUUGUGUGAGAGUCAACAGAAACUAUAUCCUCUACAUUUAUAAAAAUUUAAUUUAAAUAUUUAUAUUUUAGGAAAAAUAUAUUUGAAUAAACUUAAUGCAUUUUCUGAAGUAAGUUAAAAUGUAUUAUUAGCAAAGAACUAGAAAAUUUUGCCAAGACAGUUGUGUAUGUGAACCAUUUUUUCUUCCCAAUUAAAGUGUAUCGUAUCAGAGUGGCUAUAAUGCAUAAUUUCAAAUAAUCAAUUUUUUUUCUCAUUCUGAAUUCAUAAAGUUAGAAUGAAUAGUGUAUAUCUUCAUCUUAUUUGGAUGUGUGUUAGUGUGCAUGGCACAGGCUCAGAUUUGUAUCAUAUCUGAGUCAACAGAUAACCAAGUCAUUUGGGGGAAUUUUUUUUCCAAUUUGCUUUGUGUGCAAUCUCAUGAAUUAUUAAAUUUACAGUGUUUGUCCCUACCUGGAAACCAUACUGAUGAGCAAUAUUUUAAUCUGUACUUUGUGGUAAGCUGCCUAUUGUCAUUGGAUGAGGGUGAAUUCUCUGGCAUGAGGAUUUCUCUGUAACCCAUUUUAACAGGAAUUUUUAAAUCCAAUAGGAAUAUGGAUAUGAUUUUUUUUUCUGAUUUGAAGUAAGUAGGAAAAAUAAUGCCAUAAGUUUAUCACAAAAUACCCAUGCAGAGGCACUUAAUUAAUUUGUUCAACUGGUCCUUUGUCCAAAAGCUCAUUGACUCUGCUUGGUUGAAAUCAGAAAGAGUGGUCUUAAUGGUCAGAAAGAUUCUCCUAAAAUUAAUAGACAGGGCCUUUGUAUCCCAUUUUACUAAUAUUAAAUAUGCCAUAUUGAGGGAAUCAGAGUAGGCUGGGGUGAGAGAAUGAUUUUUGGAUAUAUCUUGAGGUUUUUGGUUUGUGUGUGUGUGUGUGUGUGUCUGUUUAUAGCACCAUGAACAUCAUGUACUGUUUAUAUAUGGAUUAAAUAAAUAUUCACCCCUGAUUUCCAGUGAAGAAGUUUAUAUUACAUUCCAAAUAUAUACCAUAGUGGAUUGGAUGGUAGUUUCAUGACAGUCACAGAGGACUAUGGGAGUAUGAAGACAAAUCCUGCUAUUCUUUUCUGUCAAGACUGGCUUUGGAGGGUGGAAAACGGGACGCCACUAGCAAGUUUUCAUGUGUGUUCACUUAUCUUUUUUUCUGAAUUCACUCAAAAUAUACAAUUUUCAUCACAUUGUGGUAAACAUUAACAGACUCUCUAAAAUAUUAGUAUUAUCUCUAAAUUAUUAAGUUGACUCUAGUUUCAGGAUAGGUUUUCACCUAGGAUGUAGGGCUCGCAUUUUUAACUAAAUUUUCAUGGGAUUUGACAUGUGCACCAAGUUCUAAGCACCUGAAUUCUCUGUUGUACUAUAAUUUAGAUUGUUUUUAAAUUGUUUAUAAUAAAUGUAACAGGCUUUGAUUCAAAAAUCUUUUUACUAGCUGAAACUUCAGCAGUUCUUGAGAUUAGAUUUUUGAACUGAACUUUCAAAAAAGACCUCAGAGAUCAUAAAGCACAUUUUUGCUCAAAGUUUACCUAUAGUUUCAGCACUAUUACCUUCAUAUAUCUAGGUAUGUGGUUUUCCAGUAACAGCAACAUGGGAAAUACAUAGAAAAAUGAAUUUACACCAACUAAAAAAUGUUUUAAAGUUUGUACCACCUAAAGUCACCCCUCCACACAUACACACACACACCAUGGUCAAGGUACUACAUUUUGGGAAACACUGAUCUCAUAUAAUAUGCCAGUAAACUCAGGAAUCUCUUCUUGAACGUCUUUGAAAAUGUUCAUCUAGCCUGAAAUUGAAAUUUCCAGCUUACAGAGGAGGGAGUUCCUUAUCUCCUCAGGCAGGCCACUCCAUUGUUAGAUGACUAGAAUUGCUUGCAAGGCUUUGUGCUUUUAGAGUCAAAACUUCUGCCUGCCUAACCUUGAGUUGUGACCCUGGCUCUACCCUAGAAAACACUGAAAGUCCAAUUUCUCUUCCACAUGAAUGCCCUGUAUACAAAAACAAGUCAAGGCUGAGAGCUACUAAGUAAUGUAAAAUGAGCUGAAAAAAUGGCUUUCAAUAGGAUAUUCAAAAUUUUUCUUUUUCAUCUUUACAGGACCAGUUAACAAGAUUUAGACUUUUAUAAUGUGUAGUGGUAGGAGGAAUAGGAACAUAGGCACUUAUUCAGCAAUCACUGGGUGUCUAUUUGGUAAUCAUUUGUAGGGAAAUUUGACAAAAAUCCAUAAAAUUUUAAAAUGCAAAGCACUUUUUGUCAUGUGGGAAUUAAUUCUAGAGAUAUAAUCACACAAAUGCACAAUCUUUGCAGCAUUGUUUGUGACAAAAACCAAGAAAAAGUCAAUGUGACCAUCAAUACUAAAUAAAUCCUGGCACACAGGUAUGUGUGAAUAUUUCUACAACUCAAAAUAUUAAUAUGGACAAAACCUCUACGUGCAAGUUCCACAAGAUGCAUGUCCCCCAUUUGUGUUUUCUUUUAAAGUGGUUCUCAAGAAGAGGGAAAAGAUUGCUACUUCUCUAUGCCCCACUGGGAACAUUAUGGAAAUCUGUACCAGUGCUAUUUGGCUAUCCCAGUGAUUGGAGGCAGUGACUCCACUAUUGCUAUUUAAUAAACAACAGCCAGAGUUGAUUGACACUCUGAUGAGGACAGCUCUGCAUCAGAUGGAAGCACUUCCCAAUCAAUUGUGUGUCCUCUGAGAUCCAUGUAGGUGAAAACCAUUUAAAAUUAUCUGAGUCCCCCUCAUAGAACCCCCUCCCCGGAGUGGAGCCCACCGGAGGGUCCCUCUCCCGCCCCUCUGCCCGCCAGAACAGCAGCCCCGGGGGGCAGCCCCCACCAGCCUGCCUCCCUCCAGCUCAGCCCUGCCAGAGCCCCCCCCAGCCAUGAAUCUCUUCCGAUUCCUGGGAGACCUGUCCCACCUCCUAGCCAUCAUCUUGCUACUGCUUAAAAUCUGGAAGUCCCGCUCGUGUGCCGGGAUUUCAGGGAAGAGCCAGGUCCUGUUUGCGGUGGUGUUCACUGCCGGCUACCUGGACCUCUUCUUUAACUACAUCUCACUUUACAACACGUGCAUGAAGGUGGUCUACACAGCCUGCUCUUUCACCACGGUCUGGAUGAUUUACAGCAAGUUCAAAGCCACUUAGGGUGGGAACCACGAUACGUUCCGGGUGGAGUUCCUUGUUGUCCCCACAGCCAUCCUGGCAUUCCUGGUCAACCACGACUUCACUCCUCUGGAGAUCCUCUGGACCUUCUCCAUCCACCUGGAGUCGGUGGCCAUCUUGCCGCAACUGUUCAUGGUGAGCAAGACUGGCGAGGCGGAGACCAUCACGAGCCACUACCUGUUUGCCCUGGGCGUCUACCGCACCCUGUAUCUCUUCAACUGGAUCUGGCGCUACCACUUUGAGGGCUUCUUCGAUCUCAUCGCCGUCGUGGCUGGCCUGGUCCAGACUGUCCUCUACUGCGAUUUCAUCUACCUCUAUAUCACCAAAGUCCUAAAGGGGAAGAAGCUAAGCUUGCCGGCAUAGCCCCGGUCCUCACCAGCCCUCUCCUUGGCAGUGUCGGGAGGCAGAGGAAGGUGACAGAAGACGAGCCUUCCCGUCCAGGGGUGACUUUUUAAAGAAUCCAUCUCUCCCUGCUCCCCAUACCCACUCCUACCGGGCUGGGGUGGCGGGCAAUGGAGGACCCAAGUCUUGGGGAGCUCAGGACCUGGGCUGUUUGUAGUUUUUUGCCUUUUAGAGAAGAAAAAAAAAAUCUUUCCACUAUUUAGUUUUUGAUUCUGAUGACUCCUUUCUCUUCUACUCUCUGGCCCCAAUUUUUAUAAACUGUUUUCGAGUGUACUAUGGGCCAAGGCCGGGCCAGGGGUCUCUUCCCGUCCUCGAGCCCCUCAGGCCUUUCCAGGUUCUGCCCACAGCCCCACUGGUUGCCGAACACUAAACUGCCCACUGCCUGCCCCACUUCUCACCGUGGCCAGGACCACAGCGCCUCCACUCAAGUUCCUGGGUUGGGGAUAGGGAAGAAGGGGGGCCCAGGAAGGUUUCCCCUGAUUUUUCAUAAUAACGCCCCCCCCAGAAUUUGAGUUUUUGGUUUUUUCCUGUUUUUUCACAAAUGAGGGGGGCUCUGGGCUCAGGCAUGGGAAGGGGCUGGCAUAAGGGUUGCCACAGCUCUGAUGCCAUGUUUUUGUACAGAAUUUGAUGGUUAAUUCUUUGUUCUCUUGAAAUAAACAGAGGAAAAUGAUA